CCUGCAAUAUAAGUCUGUUUUACAAAACCUUCCAGGGGAUUUAGCAGAAGCUUUUAUUCUUGAAGGUUAGUGGAUAAAGAUUUUUUUUUAGUACUCUUAAAACUAUCUUAUGUGGAAAAACAGGGAAUAAAUAGGUUCCCUUUAUUUCUUUUACUGCUUGUUUGUCUUUUUAGUUUAUAUUAUAAAAACCCCAAUCCUUGCUUUUUUUGGUCUCUAUUUUAUAAUUGACAAAGAGAAAAGAAGAAUAGAUAUCUUUGAAGGAAACUCUUCCAGUGAACAAAAUGAAAAGCCUCAACUCUGUGCCGUGUUCUUGAAUGGAUGCAAUUAAUAGACUGCUGGAGCACAGCUUCCAAGCCUCCUGACAGAGCCCCGUUCAGACCAUACCAUCGACACCACAGCUCACUCUGAUGGGUUGUUUUAUCUUCAACAGUGGAAAUGUGACUUUGCCUGGGAGGAACCCUUAUACUGUGCAGACCUCUGUGCCUCUAACAAUCCUGGUGGGUAUCCUUAUCCUGCUAACACUGUUUGGUAAUGUCAUGGUAGUAAUUGCUGUGAUGACAAGCCGUGUCCUGAGAGCACCUCAGAACUUAUUUUUAGUCUCUCUAGCAUGUGCAGACAUCCUGGUUGCCACUUUAGUGAUGCCAUUCUCUUUAGCGAAUGAACUGAUGGGUUAUUGGUUCUUUGGGAAGGUAUGGUGUGGAAUCUACCUGGCUUUGGAUGUUCUUUUCUGCACAUCAUCCAUUGUUCAUCUGUGUGCAAUAAGCCUGGACAGAUACUGGUCUGUCACACAAGCCAUUGAGUAUAACCUGAGAAGGACACCACUCAGGAUUAAAGGCAAAGUCUGCUUAGUUUGGAUACUGGCAGCUCUCAUUUCAUUUCCUCCGCUUAUCACAGUGAAAAAGGACAAAACAGACAGUCUUGAAUGUGACAUUAAUGGUGAGAAAUGGUACAUCAUAUUCUCCAGUUGUGCCUCCUUCUUUGUACCCUGUGUCAUUAUGAUUACGGUGUAUGUUAGAAUCUACCAGAUUGCCAAGAAAAGAACAAGAGCCCCACCUGGAGAAAGGCAAAGACACAAUGGGAACUCAGAAGACCCAAAGUUCGGUUUGGACACGCUGGAGAGAAAAGACAGAGAACAGAGGGAGGUGAGAGGAGAAGACGGUAAAGAGGCUAAUGAGCUUGAUGUGGAGGAAGAACCCUCCUCUUCCGAUGGGAAUGAAACAAUCCUAUGUUCACUUACAAAGAAGAAGGCUAUGAAAACAGCAAAAGUGACUCAGGUGAAUCCCGGAGAAACCGCUUCAAAACCACAGCCGGAGUCCCGCGAGAGAGGGAGAAGGUGGAAAGGAAGGCAGUACAGAGAGAGGCGCUUUACAUUUGUUCUGGCUGUAGUCAUGGGAGUGUUUGUUCUCUGCUGGUUCCCCUUUUUUUUCACGUACACGCUCACCGCUGUGUGUGACAAGUGCUGUGUGCCAGAGACCCUGUUCAAAAUGUUCUUCUGGUUAGGUUACUGCAAUAGCUCACUAAACCCCGUCAUAUACACUGUAUUCAAUAAUGACUUCAGGAAAUCCUUUAAAAAGAUCCUUUGUAAAAGGGACAGAAGAGUGUAAUAAAUACUUUUAUGCAUUCAUUUCGAACACUAAAGGGCGUUUGGUCAUACAUUUAUCUGUAAUUGUAACCUUUGAAAAUAUUAGACAAUAUUGAAUAUUUGAAAAAGAAAAGGGCAUUUUUUCUGUUAUAUAUUAAUGUUUUAUUGAUACUAAGUGUUAGUUUUGCGAUAUUAAAUCAUACUUAAAUCCAUGAUGUGCAUUUGCUACACAGCUCGUAUUAUAUUUGGACAACCUGUGAGUUAAAGCUUUGAUAUUGUGAAGUUGUAUCAAUGUUGAUGAUGGACAUUUUCUACGUGUGUAUGCUGGUAUACAGUAUUUAAACUGAUAUCCUGUGUUUGUUUUUAGCUUCAAAGUUAAUAGCUUGUAGAAGACAGCAGAAGCAUAUUGCAACAGAGUCUGCUCAACAUAUGCAAAAUUGUCCAUGCUGGUAAUACAAAGGCAGACAUUUGGCUUAGACGUUACCACAAUAAACAUGCCACGGCUUCAUCAACGUGACUGUUCAUGGAGUAGCUGAAGAAAAUGAUUACUAGUGAUAAUUAUACAUUACUGUAAAUCCACAAGAAUGUCAAAGGAGUCUAAAUAAGCAUAUAAGUAUUAUGUUUGAACCUUAGUGAUGCGCUCACAGCAGGCUGAAGGACUGCCACAUCGAUGCACAUAAGCUUCUCUGUCUAUGCCAAUUGAAUUAAAAACAUAAACACAUUUAAGAAAUGUAGAUAACUGUAAAUGCUACAAUAUUGCCAAUAAAAAAAAUGCAUACUUUGUAUAGUGCAAUCAAUAGCAGGAAGUUAUAAUAACAAGUUGCACCCAAAGGACGCUAUCCCCACAGCACCAACUAUUCUCAAACAACAAAUGCAUGAACAAGACAAUUA